AUGACUCUGACUCGUCUGAAGGGCGUGGCCCGAACGCAGGACUACUACUACGACUACUACUACGACUACUACUAUGACUACAACUACUACUACGGCUACGACUACUACAACUACUACUACAGCUACGACUACGACUACUACUACAGCUACGACUACUACUACUACUACGGCUACUACUACUACGACUACUACUACGACUACUACUACAGCUACGACUACUACUAUGACUACUACUACUACUACGACUACUACUACUACGACUACAACUACUACUACAACUACUACUACUACAGCUACAACUACUACUAUGACUACUACUACUACUACGACUACUACUACGACUACUACUACGGCUACGACUACUACGACUACUACGACUACAACUACUACUACGACUACUACUACAACUACUACUACAGCUACGACUACUACUAUGACUAA